AUGUCGCGAUAUGAAGAACUAAUCAAUUGCUCGGAUGAUGUCUAUGACAAAAGUAUGGAAAUUGUAACGGCCUCAAAGGCUGGAAAGGUGUAUGGCGACGGCCUUGACUUCGCGUCUCUAGACCAUUGGAGGAGAGUCGAGUUGCCGACAAUUUUGGCCUCGAGAAAAGACACGCAUCUUACCCAAGACGAACUGAGUCUUCUAAUGGAGUGGAAACUGGCAAAGGGUAAGUUUCGGCCGACUCUGAUGAAGUUGAUCAGAUCCAACGACCAAGCUGAGAGUGCUACGCGAGCCGCAUUCAAAGCGAUGAUGGCAUACUACGAUUCCUCAGCUCAAAUUUGGCCCGAAGUUGAUCUUGAGGGAUUUUCCAGCGCUGUUUCAAAGGCUGCCGAUAUUUUGUGCACUUUAAGAGGUGUUGGAAUAGCAACGGCAUCUUUGGUGCUUUCGCUGCUCAGUGAGGUCAAGUCCAAGAAUGGUACAGUGGUGGUGCCUCCAUUCUUUUCGGACGAGGCAUUUCUAUACUUUGCAGAAAGCGCCGGAAAGAUCAAAUAUACCAAAUCUGAGUACAUGAAAGAGUAUUUGCCCAAAGCUUUCGAGGUUGGAAAACUUAUGGACAAUCCUGAUCUGAAUGCUGUUGAAAGUCGGGCCUGGGCUAUGUUCAAGAGUCAGGCAACCGUGAAAAGGUCUCUGGAACCGACCAAACAGACCAAAAAUACGAGAAACACUAAGAGGCAGAAGAAGUCCUGA